UAAAAAUUAUUUAAAAAGAUGUAACUAGUUUUAUCAUGUUAAAUAAAUCAUGGCGUCGAGAUAAAAACAAAAGGCUGGCGUCGAGCGUCUGGAUCGCAAAAUCAUUAAAUCCGCUCAUGCUCCGUGAGAGGAUGCUGUGACUCACCGCCACAAGUGAUUCUAACACACGUCUAAAUACAGUGGCGCGAAAAAUGUUCUAGCCCUAUACUUAAAACGUAAUUAUAUUAAUUUUCUCAAUAAUUUUCUUGUACGUUUAUAUAAAAGUUUCUCAAUACCACAUGACGCGCCAUAAUGUUAUUCCCAAUGAAGAGGUUCCGGACGCGGAUAAAAACAAAGGCAAUGCCAUGUUUGAGAUGCGGGGCGAAGACCGCUACUUUCAUUUUUUGGGCCGCUCUCUAUGUGGCCGUCAUGAAAGUGACGUUUUUAAGGAACAACGACAACGAAGAUGCGAAGGAAUUAUCGAUGGAACCUGACAAUUAUACUAAGUGGCUGAUGCAAGGUCCUGUAUUGGGUGACGAUGAGGAACAGGUCCAAAGCAACAGCGAUUGGCUCGAACCGGAUAACACUACUAUAAACGAGCUUGAACAACGUGUCAACAAGGUUAAAGAGACUUGCCAUUUAAGAUCUCUUGACGGUCAAACUAUUAACAGUAAAGAAUUCUUCGUGGAUCACGCUCACAAUCUUGUUUGGUGCAACAUAUUUAAGGCGGCCAGCUCUUCGUGGUUAUAUAAUUUCAAUAUAUUAGGUGGAUAUGACAAAGCUUUCCUCGCUCGGACUAGACACACGCCAUUGACGUUGGCGCGUAGAAAAUUUCCAAGGCCUACUGAAGAAGAACUAAGAGACGCUAUUGAUACCCCAGGAGUGUUGUCGCUAUUGAUUGUAAGGGAGCCUUUUGUACGAUUGUUGUCCGCCUACAGGGAUAAACUGGAGAAUAUAACGCCUCCGUAUUACAGAAAACUAGCCAGAGCUAUUGUGGCUGAACAUAGAGAAGCUGCGACGAAAGUUUUAGGACCGAUAAAGUCUUUUGGUCCAACGUUUUACGAAUUCGUCGCCUAUCUCAUUUCGAAAUAUGAAUCUGGAACUUUGACCUUCGAUGAGCAUUGGGCGCCAUUUUACCAAUUCUGUUCUCCGUGCGCCCUUAAUUACACGGUAGUGGCUAAAGUUGAAACGCUAUCGAGAGAUUCGUCGUAUGUAGUACAACAACUAGGACUGGGCGAUAUUUUAGGACGCAGAGUUAUUAGUCGUAGAACGCGUCUCAGAACUGUCAUGAACAAAUCGAGGGACGGAAAAAACACAUCAGCGCUGAUAAAACACUAUUUCCGACAGCUGGACAUGGAUAUGCUAGAAAAAUUAUUACUUAUUUACGGCAUAGAUUUCGAAAUGUUUGGAUAUAAUUCAGAUAUAUAUCGAAGUUAUGUGAGAAAUUAAAAAAAAAAAGUUUGCUCAUGUUUCUCAUUGUAUUAUUUUCAAAUCACACUUACUUGAUAGUACAGUCAGCAAAAAGAUGUAAUCGCUGAAAGUUAUGAGACCAGACGAGCCCAGCUUGUAAAAAAUUGAGUCCUCGUCGAGAUCCAAGUUGAGGCGAUGACUUACAGUCUGUACAAACACAUAAAAAUUAAAUUAUGACACAUUACCUGAAUUUCUCUGAUACAAUUCUUCGGAAAGCGCCUAAAUUUAAAAUCACAAAUUGCAUCUAAUUAUAAUAUGCAUACAAUCUAAAACUAUUUUUAUACUUAAGCUAGAAAUUAUAAACUAUCAUGUUGUUUCUUGUUUAUAUUUCAUUAUCAGUAGAGCUACAGAAAAAAAUAUCUGUAUACGCAUCUACUGCACCAUUCAUAGGUAACCUAAGAAGUGCAUGCGAAAAAAAUCAAAGGCGUUUAAGCUGAGAAUAAACCGUGGAAUGGUAU